AUGAGAUUUGGAAAGAAGGGAAAGUUGAGUCCAAUGUACAUUGGUCCUUUCGAGAUUGUGGAGCGUAUUGGUGAGGUUGCAUAUAAGUUGGCUUUGCCACCUGGGUUGUCAGGUGUCCAUCCUGUAUUUCAUAUUUCAAUGUUGAAGAAGUAUCAUCAUGGUGGUGCUCAUGUGAUUCAAUGGGAUUCAGUGUUACUUGAUCAGAAUUUAACUUUUGAGGAAGAGUCGAUAACCAUUUUGGAUAGGCAAAUUCGGAAGCAAAGGUCCAAGGAUAAUGCUUCAGUAAAGGUUCAGUGGAAACAUCGUCCAGUAGAGGAGGCUACAUGGGAGACAGAGUCAGAUAUGAGGAGUAAGUAUCCUCAUCUUUUUUAG